AUGGGCGCACAGGGAGUUCUGCACGGCCCUGUCCAAAUUGGAGAUUGGCUCCACCUUUUUUGCUGUGCGACCAAGUUUAGAGCAAAACCAUGCAAUGAUCGUGUUCCUCCUGGCACAUCGCCACACGAAGCGGCUUACACAAUCUCGAGUAAUGCGCUUAGCUAUAAUAUUGCACUUGUGGACAUCGAGGCCCAUGCUAACGACAAGCGAGUGAAGUUUGGAUGCCAGAGCUAA